CCUGACCGGAUGAUGACAGAACUUUUAGGUUUAAUGUGGCUACUUUUAUCACAUAACCUUCCAGUUGAAACCUCACCAGCGCUCUGACUGCAGUCGGGACUCUUAACUGCUUGGUGUUUUCAUAAAAUAAAGUCUUAGAGUCUGUGACAGACUGCUGUGCCAUCUGGGAACUUUUGGUUUGCUGGAAGAGCCACCUUUUGGCUCUUAUUUGACCGGGGAGAAGAGCAGAAUAGAGCCCACUGGGCUGACCGAGGUGCCGCUAUGGGUAACCGGGGAAUGGAAGACCUCAUUCCCCUCAUCAACAAACUCCAGGACGCCUUCAGCUCCAUCGGCCAGACAUGCAACUUGGACCUGCCGCAGAUAGCGGUCGUCGGUGGCCAGAGCGCAGGGAAGAGCUCCGUGUUGGAGAAUUUCGUCGGGAGGGACUUUUUGCCCAGAGGAUCCGGCAUCGUCACCCGUCGUCCUCUCAUCCUCCAACUGAUCAACAGUAAAGCAGAGUAUGCAGAGUUCCUGCACUGUAAGGGACGUAAGUUUGUGGACUUUGAUGAGGUCCGUCUGGAGAUUGAAGCGGAGACUGACAGGCUCACUGGAUCCAACAAGGGCAUCUCCCCCAUCCCGAUCAACCUCCGUGUCUACUCCCCUAAUGUGCUAAACCUGACCCUGAUCGACCUGCCGGGGAUGACCAAAGUGCCCGUGGGAGACCAGCCACAGGACAUCGAGCACCAGAUCAGGGAGAUGCUGAUGCAGUUCAUCACCAAGGACAGCUGUCUGAUCCUGGCCGUCACCCCAGCCAACACUGACCUGGCCAACUCUGAUGCCCUCAAGAUUUCUAAGGAGGUGGACCCUCAGGGGCUGCGGACCAUUGGUGUGAUCACAAAGCUGGACUUGAUGGACGAGGGGACGGAUGCACGAGACAUCCUGGAAAACAAACUACUGCCACUCCGCAGAGGGUACAUCGGUGUGGUGAACCGCAGUCAAAAGGACAUCGAUGGGAAGAAAGACAUCCGCGCUGCUUUGGCUGCUGAGAGGAAGUUCUUCCUGUCGCACCCGGCAUACAGACACAUUGCAGAGCGCAUGGGCACACCACAUCUGCAGAAGACGCUCAAUCAGCAACUUACCAACCACAUCCGUGACACAUUGCCAGGGUUACGCAGUAAGCUUCAAAGCCAGCUGUUAUCACUGGAGAAGGAGGUGGAGGAGUACAAGAACUUCCGCCCUGACGACCCCACACGCAAGACCAAGGCUUUACUCCAGAUGGUGCAGCAAUUUGGCGUGGACUUUGAGAAGUGCAUAGAAGGGUCUGGGGAUCAGGUGGACACCUCUAACUUGUCUGGUGGAGCGAAGAUCAACCGCAUCUUUCAUGAGCGCUUUCCCUUCGAGUUGGUGAAGAUGGAGUUUGAUGAGAAAGAGCUGAGGAAAGAGAUCAGUUAUGCCAUCAAGAACAUCCACGGAGUCAGGACAGGCCUGUUCACCCCAGACCUGGCGUUUGAGGCCAUAGUGAAAAAGCAGAUCAUUAAGCUGAAAGAGCCGUGUCUGAAAUGCAUCGACCUGGUGAUCCAGGAGCUCAUCAACACAGUCAGACAGUGCACUAAUAAGCUGGGAUCGUACCCUCGACUGAGAGAAGAGACCGAGAGAAUCGUCACCACUUACGUCAGAGAGAGAGACAGCAAGACCAAAGACCAGGUGCUGCUGUUGAUUGACAUUGAGCUAUCCUACAUCAACACUAACCAUGAGGACUUCAUUGGUUUUGCAAAUGCCCAGCAAAGGACUGCUGCUAAUGCCACCAAGAAGAGAGUCAUGCCCAAUCAGUCUGGCAGAGAGAGGGAUGCAGAGAAGGUGAUCCGCAGAGGCUGGCUUACUAUCAACAUCAGUAUCAUGAAGGGAGGAUCUAAGGACUACUGGUUUGUCCUGACUGCUGAGUCUCUCUCCUGGUACAAAGAUGAGGAAGAGAAAGAGAAGAAGUACAUGCUGCCUCUUGACAACCUGAAGCUAAGAGAUGUGGAGAAGGGUUUCAUGUCCAGCAAACAUGUCUUUGCCAUCUUCAAUACUGAACAGAGGAAUGUCUAUAAAGACCUACGUCAGAUUGAGCUGGCAUGUGACACUCAGGAGGAUGUCGACAGCUGGAAGGCUUCGUUCCUCAGGGCUGGUGUUUACCCAGAGAAAGACCAGCCUGAGAGCGAAGAUGCCAUGAACCCCAGCGACACCGUGUCCAUGGACCCGCAGCUGGAACGGCAGGUGGAGACCAUUCGCAACCUUGUGGACUCAUAUAUCAGCAUCGUCAACAAGUCCAUCAGAGACCUCAUGCCCAAGACCAUCAUGCACCUCAUGAUCAACAGUGCGAAGGACUUCAUCCACUCUGAGCUGCUGGCCUACCUGUACUCGGCCGGGGACCAGGGCAGUUUAAUGGAGGAGUCAGCAGAGCAGGCUCAGAGGAGAGAUGAGAUGCUGAGGAUGUAUCACGCUCUGAAAGAGGCCCUGGUCCUCAUAGGAGACAUUAGCACCACCACGGUUUCUACUCCAGUGCCUCCUCCAGUAGACGACACCUGGAUGGCCAAGGAGCCAAGUCCUCCGCCGGCGUCCCGCACUGCCUCAGCAACAGCGCCCCCUCCCAGCCGACCCCCGGCAGUGAGGGGGCCUACCCCAGGUCCUCCACCCCCUCUCAACCCCUCACCAGCAUUUGGAGCCCCGCCGGUGCCGUCUCGACCCGGCCCCAGCCAAACGGCCUUUGCAGGCGAUCCCAACUCUAGUGUUGUGCCUCUUGUGCCUUCCAGGCCGGCCCGCGUGCCUCCAGCACUGCCGCCCGGCAUUCCAAGGCGCCCUCCACAUAUCCCGUCUCGUCCCAACCAGUGGUGAUGGAAACUCAGAUUUUGACCACAAAAAAGUUGCUGUUUUCCAUGAUGUUUCCUGUGGGUAAUUCUGAAACUGAGCUUUGUUUUUAUUAGAUGUUUAAGGAAGAGAAAGAUGCAAAAAUAUUUGGUGACAUGAGGUUGUGGCUGGACCAAAGCUGACAUCCUGUGUUUGUUGGAUUGCUUUGCUCCACAAUUUAAAAAAUGAUCUUACUGCAACUUAAUGAAAUAAUACAAAAAUACUGAUGACCUUUGUACAUACAAGUAUGUCAUUAAGCUUAUACAGUAUUUCUAGUAUUUAAUAUAUACUGUAGAUCAGUGAUCAUGUUUUUUCUUUGCUUGGAAAUGAUACUGAAGUACUUUUCUCUCUCUCAAUGUCUGCCAAAUUAGUAAAUGGAAGAAAAAUCUGUGCCAAACUAAAACACCAACAGACUGUGUAUUUUGGCAAAAAGUCCACACAUGCAGUACAGUAUAUUGUAAUGUCCUCCUUUAAGACUGAAGAAUAAAGUAAUUUACAGUCCU